AUGAGUUGCAAAACGACCAUUGCCUAUCUCCUGUUGAUGAUUGUUUUUUUUAACUUCGCUCAAGCAAUCUUAUCCAAUGUGCCACCACCACCAACACGACCAGACUACUUCAAAACCAAAGAAGAAUUGAGACGUUAUUUACAAAAACUCCAUGAAUAUCAUCUUAUUCUCGGACGAUGGCGAAGUCGACGCGGCGAAAACGAGUAUCCACAACCAUUCGAUGAGAGGAUCGACACGAAGAAUUAUGAUUUCAUAACGAAUGAAUCACUUCAACGAUUACGAUUUCAACCUGAAAAUGCAUUUCCACAUUGA